AUGGAGGGUAACGACUUAGAAAGCUAUGGAGUUGGAAGCGCUUCGAAGUGCCAAAUGCUCUACAAGCGUAUUGUGGCGUAUAUUGCUAUUCUGUUGACCAUGCUGGCGUUCAUUUUCAGUUGCAUUGGAUUGAACAUGGCUCGUCAGGCUAAUCUUGAGAAGACCCUGUACACGUUCUCUUUCCCUUACUUCAACCAGAAGCCUGAGGUGAGAAACGGAAUGGUCGUGUCUUUGGAUGAGAAUGGUUACGUGUUCACUGGCGCUGGAACCACCAUUUCUCAGAAUGUGACUCGCAGUGAGAUUCGUUACGGCCAGGACGUGGACGAUAUCCGUGUCUGCGCUUGGGACGAGAACAUUGUCUUCACCGGAUCGAAGGGCAUGCUGGUCGCUUUCGAGAUCAGCUACGAUGAUAUCCCCAUCGACAACCCUUCUUUCACUCUUCCUCAGGUGAAUGGCAAGUCUCGUAACGUGGAGUCCCUGUACAAGAUCGGUGACAACACCCUGGCUGUGGUGGGCAGCGGAGAAAUCCUGCCCGUGACUGUGAAGGUCACCGACACCUCGGGCGGCAAGCAGAUGUCCUUCCACAUCGAUUUCGAGACGGACGCUUCGAACGCGUUCCGCUUCGCCGAGGAUGGCGACAACGCCUAUCCGCACUGCGAUGACCUCAAGGAUAGCAACCGCAAGGACAUGAUCGCCUGCACCUUCGAGCGCAACCACAUGCUGGUGACCGCUGUGUUCACCCUGCAGACGAGCGGCAAGUUCGAGCGCACCAACGAAGUGGAGUACGCGAAGCAGCGUCAGUACCACGGUCUGGCUGGCUGCGGUCCUCAGGGCUACCUGGUGGCGGCCGUGGGCUCGGACUGGGACGACACGGAGCACGGAGGCAUCGGUCCGAUCAGCGUGGCGUACGUGUCGAUCCAGGGCUCCACGAUCCGCGUGGGCGAGUUCCGCAACAUGACCUUCACGUCGUCGAUCGGCUUCUUCUCGCUGGAUAACAUGAACCAGAACGGCGCGGUGAUGUGCUACACGCGUCUGGCGUCGGGCGGUAUCGACUGCGUGAACCUGGACGUGACGUACGGUCCGCAGGGCGGCGUGAUGUUCGCGUCGACGGUGCGUCUGAGCACGGGAGGCUCGGCCAUCGAGGAGUCGCGUACCAAGAUGACCAUCAUCAACCGCCGCACCUUCGCGGUGAUGUACGCCACCCAGAACCUCGGCGGCGCGCUCUCGCUGCAGAUGGUGACCUUCAACGACGCGGGUGACAUGCGUCUGAACGGCCCCACGUACGUGGUGUCGCAGUGGAACCGCUACCAGCGCGUCACGCAGCACGUGGUGGGCGUGAGCCAGGUGGACAACUACAAGACGGCCAUCGUGGAGCUGUGCGUGGGCGACCGCGAGAGCAAGGCCUACCUGCACACGAUGUACGUGUACCCGCGCCCCAUCGGUGUGGCGGUGAAGUCCUUCGCCGGAGGCAACCAGGUGCAGUUCGGCGGUCUGUGGAAGCCCAACACGGAGUCGCGCCGCGGAAGCAAGCUGAUCCCCGGAUUCAUGUACUACAGCAACGAUCGCGGUAUGAUCAUCACCGGAUUCAGUCCUGCGGGUUAUGCGCACAGAGCCUUCGGAACGUUCUACAUCACCUCGCGAUCGGACGAGUCGCUGCUGAGCACCUACAACCAGGUCGGUAUUGCUGUGUCCGAGACGGAACUGCUGCUCAAGUUUGCGUAAGCGAUGAGUGGACGAGCUUG